AAAAGAACCACGCUUUUAUUUCGCUGAAUGUGUGCAGCUGCAGCUACAGCUUCCCCGAUCAUAGAGUGGGUCAAUUAAAGAAUUAUGACGCUUGCAUUCAUGAUCCACAUCCCCUGGCCAGCGCCAGGAAGAUUGAGGGCUUCUUCGCAUUGAUGUUCUUCAAGCUGUGAUGUUCUGUGAAAAUAUUUUGUUUGGCGGUCCUGUUUCCGAUCGGUCUAUGUAGAGGAACGCCGGGCAACGUGAACGCCACUCGACGAUGUGUACAGUAGUAACAAACUAGGGGGAGCAGCACCAGCAUUGAUCACCAGAUAUAGAAGAUGUACAAGAAGUUGCUCUUCAAUUCCUUUCCAUUUUGUCAGCAGCCUAUUUACAAAUAAUCUCGAGUGGACUUCAUCAAACCCCAACUUCUACCAUGUCCCCCGAAGUGACAGUCUUCUUCGCGACCUGGAACCAGGAUUCCGUUGCGUUUCGAGAUGCGAUCAAAGCGCAAGUGGCGGACCAGCACGAGGACCACAACCAAAAUCUUACCUUCACCGACGUCGAUACUCUCGACGAGGACCUGGACGAGCUCUUCCCAACGUCAGAUAAGCUCGCCUCCAGCGACGAAGAUUAUUUGGCGCUCCCCUUCGCCGAGCUGAAACAGGACAGCGUGUCGAUUUUAGUCCCCAGAGCAGAGAUUUUUUCGGAAGCGGCGGUGUGUGCUGACAGUGCUUCAGCAGCUGCUUCCGGAGCAGGAGGUCCUCGUGCGGGGAAUGUCAAGAUUGACUUCGCCUCGACCGCCCACCGCUUUCUCAAUACGAUUUUAACGCAGAAAGACCCGGGAAACGCGGCCCGCGAGAAGUACCGACAGGCCGCCCUGGGCGUGGACGUGGUGGGCGGGGCCAGCAGCGGGUGCUGCAACCCGGGACGGGACUUCACGGCGGUUUCCCGGCAACUGGGCUACACGGAUGCCGACAUGGCAGCGAACCAGGAGGCCAACCUGGGUCUCGGGUGCGGCAACCCGCGGGACUUCGCCAAAUUGCUUCCCGGGGAGACGUAUGUAUUGCAAAAGUAUCGUACUCGUAUAAAUGCAUUACAAAUUUCCUCAGCAUGAGAAAGUGAAAGAAAAUUUGUAAUGCGGACUUGCCUUAAGAAAAGUUUUCAUGAUUGCAAUACGAGCGUGAUGCUUUUGGACAGGAUACGACGGUCAUGGACCUCGGGUCGGGGGCGGGCUUCGACUGCUUCCUCUGCAGCGACGUGGUGGGACCGACGGGUAAAGUGAUCGGAGUGGACAUGACACCCGAGAUGCUUGCGAAGGCCCGGGCGAUUUUGGCGCAGAAGAAGGACAAGGAGAUGAUAACGAUGGCGAAUCAGGAAAGCGAAAGUACGAAUCGCCAGUCUCCUCAUGCAAUAUUAAACGUCGAGUUUCGACUCGGGGAGCUGGACAACCUGCCGUGCGGCGACGGGCUGGUCGACUGCGUGAUUUCGAACUGCGUGAUCAACUUGGUGCCCGACAAGAAGCGGGUCUACGGCGAAAUGCUGCGCGUCCUGAAGCCCGGGGGCAGGAUUGCGGUCUCCGACAUCGUAUGCAUUGCAAAAGUAUCGCACUCGUAUAAAUGCAUUUCAUUAAAUUUCCGCAGCAUUAGAUAGAAAUGAAAUUUGUAGUGAGGGUUUACCUUGAGAAAAAAAAUAAUGCAUGACUGCAAUUACCACGAGUGCGAUACUUUUGCACAGGAUACCUCGUGAAGCUGUCGGCAAAGGAGCUGCCCACGGCCCUGAAGUCGGACGAAUCCUACGCCUGCUGAGUCGGGGGCGCGGUGGGAGUCACCGCGCUGCAACAAGACCUGGAGGACGCGGGUUUCGCGGCCGUUCAGGUGCUGAUCAAAGAGGAAAGUCGAGAGGUUAUCGCGGGCUGGCUACCGGGCAGUGGAGCCGAAAAGUACGUCGCCUCCGCACAAAUUACGGCCCAGAAGCCGUUGUAACGUCUGCUCAGAGAAAAGUCGUUCCGCAAAGUUCUGUUGACGAGGAGCUGCAGCAGAAAAUGUGCCAUUCGUGGCUCGUGCUUUUUCAUCAACACUCGAAUCAAAUGCAAGAAGUACAGCUCCUUCACAGCUUCAAAUAAUAUCGUGGCGUUUUGUUUUUUUUUCCAAUCAAGUACAGACAGUGUAUCAGUGACAAUUCAUGCUGGUUGUGUAUCCUACUAGAAAGUGAAGUAAGCCAAAGGACCUGAGUAAGUGACAAUCAGCCAUGAGUUUGAUAUUCUUCACGCAACCAUGAUCAUCAGGAUCUAUUAGAAAACGGAAGGCACCGUGUGGCUUUCGUAAAAGACACUACGAAGGAGCAAUCAUCAAGUUGCUAAACUCACGUGAGUAGUUUUUAAUUAUUUUGAUUUCGAGCAGGAACGGCAAAGCAAGAGGAACGAACCUGCAAGGAAGAAAACCCGACAGCGAACUCCUACUGACAUUUUAUCGUUAUACGUGCCAAGAAAUGUUGCGUUGGCGUUGAUUUCCGCCUGGUCGGGAUCCCAGUGGACAAGCCCAAGUGGUUUUCUUUU